GUUGAAGGUAUGAAAGCAUCGAGCAGCAACAGGGGCAUGCAGGGCACCGCGAGCAGCAGCAAGGGAACAGCAAACAGCACACACAAACCGAGCAAGGCCGGCCCAUCUGUUCUUUCACUCAUGGCGGUGAGUACUCAUCGUCCAUCGGGGGCGGCUGCACCAUCCAUGUGAAUGGUUGUGCUUGUGUCUCCAUGACGGCCUCCUCAUCUGCCGACGGGCCGUCCAUGGGGCGUGGGGGCAUUGCAAGAGGCACCAGCUGCUGCAUGGAGGCGGGCGGCAGAGGCACGGACAGACCGCCGAGAUGACCUCUGACACAGAGGGAGACAUGGGAUGAGGUAAUAGCUAACGCUGUCCGUCCGCUAGGUAGUACGUACCUCUUGAUGAGGAAGUCCAGUUCGCUCUGCAUCGCACGCCGACGGGCCAUCUCUGACACCCACCAAACACAGACACAUCCAUCCCCUCGUCUGUCUCUAGCUGUGUGCCCAAUCCACCCCACCCCACCCCACCCCACCUAUCAUGAUGUCAUUGGACUGGAAUCUCGCCGAAGCUGACGCGAAGGAGUCCGGCGGGCUGGUGUCGGUGAACACGCCCUUGCUCCCGGGCAACAGCCGGCUCUGCUUCAGCGGGGGCAGCUUUCCCGGCGGCCGAUGUGUCUCUCUCCCCAUCCCAUCUCCCCUGUUGAUGUGUGUGGAGUAUGCCGACCCAGUGGCCGCCAGCAGCGGGUGCAGCUCCACCAGAUGCAUUGGUGUGCGGGGCGGGGGCAGGUAGAGAGAUGCCAGUGGGGGCGGCUCCUCCAUCACCGAUGCAGCCUGCAGGGGUGUGAGUAAUCCUCUUCGCCCGCUGCUGCCGUCUUCUGCGCGUCGGGUGGUGAGCGGCUUGCUGACGUCAUGGUGCAGGUGCUGGUGCACAUACACGGGCUGCUGGGUGGACCUGCCUUCCAGCACGCUUGUGUAGCUCUCUGUCGCGUGCACCUGGUGGUCAUUAUCAUAGCUGUAAUCGUUUUCAUCGCCGCCGAGCAGCCGAGGUGAGCGCAGCACAUUCACUGCGUCGCCUCUCUUGAUGGAGCCGACGAGAGGUGACUUGAGCAGCCGUGACUCGAGAGCAUUGGGCGGCCCUCUCUUCGGCAGGCACAGCUGCCUCGGCGGUCUCGGCUUCUUUGGCUUCUUCGGCAGCUCCUCAACUGGCGGGGGGACGGGAAUCGGCGGCGGCAGAGGGUGUGGGUGGGGCUGCCUCCGUCCGGUGUGGUAGACGUGGACGUGGUGCGACACCGUGUACUGGUCCAGCACACACAGCGUCUGUUGGUCCCCCUCCUCAUCUCCUUUCUUGUCCCUGAGGUGGGCGGCUUUGGAUGACUCCCCAUGAUGCUUGGGGCUCUUCUGUGGCCGCCCGCCGCUCUCUCGCGUUCGUUUCGGUGGCCGGGGGUGGCUGGGUGCCUUCUCCACGGGGGCCAGCCUUCCCUUCGGUCGCGCCUUUCCUCCAGUGACAGUCACGUCAUCAGCUGCUGCUGCUGCUGCUGGUCUGUAGGCGGCAUUGGACGGGACAGGGAAGACGUCCUUGACGGCCUCUCUGAUGCGCCGGGCGGUCUCGAGCUCCUGCCGAGUCUUCUUGCCUUUCCAUGCUGCCUGAAUCUUCACUGCAGCAUCGUCGGCCUGCCUCUGUCUCAGCUCGUCUGCGGCAUGAUCUUCCUCUUGAAGCGGCUCGCCUUUGUCAGUGUCCGCAGCCUCUGGAACGGCGGCUUCUUCUGGUGCCUUUUGUUCUGGCUGUUGAUCCGCCUUGCGCCUCGUGUCGUCAAGUGUGUCCACCUCGGCCUCAAGAAACAGUGUGUCUGCCUGGUGGAUCGGUCCUACCGCAUAGUAUGUGUCUCGCCCUUGUUCUGCCGUGUGCAUGGCUGAGACGGUUGACAGGCUCUUGGUGAGGUCGCUGACAUAGGCGCGUGCAGCCGCACCAGGAGCCACGCUGUCGCCAGCGGUCUUGUGCGCGGCUUCUUGUGGCUGUCUUGCAGACAUGUCUCGCCGGCAUUGUCUCCCCCUCCACACCUUCUGGAUGGUCACGGCAGCUGAGGCCUCACGCCCAUCGGCAGCCGGCCUCGCCGUCUCAUCAGCAGCAUCCACCUGUGGCGGGGCUGCCUCAUGGACCUGGCUCUCCUCUGGAGGCUGGUCAUCCACCAGGGCUUCUCUCAGCAGCUCUGUGGCCUCCUCUGCUUGUGGUGGUGCUGGUGCAGUGAGAGUGGCGUCAAGAGGUGGAGAGGUAGAGGAAAGGGGCCGGGGGGAGAGGACCUUGCGGACCUCGUAGCCCCUGAAUGUUCGCUGAAUGUCCUUGGCCGCCUGCUGCUGCCGCGGCUGCAGUUCCCUCAAUGUCUGUUCGGGCGCUGUGGGGUCGAUCAGCUCGGUAGUCAGCAGAGGCAGACUCUUCGCGAACAUCUCUUUCUGCCCCCUCAGUCUGGCCACCCGCUGCCGGCCCUUGAAGCCCCUGUAGCUGCGCUGAAUCGUGACGGCGCUUUCCUGCCGCCUUUGCUCCUCCAACCGAGGCAGGCUCACGCUGAGGCUGAGGUUGGACGGUCCUCUCAGCGGGGCCCAGUCGAUGUCGAUCUGCGGCUCGUCCCGCUCCUCGUCCUCAACACUCGAAACGACGUCGAGGCCGUCCUCCUCGCCACCAUCAUGUGAGCGGGGCCUUGGCUCGGCUCGCCGGGCCUUCUCGGUGACGCGUGAGCAUGACGAUGGCGUGUCUCGCGCCAGGCAGGUGCGCACCCGCUCCAACGUGGGGAUGUCGACCGUGAUGCCGAGAGAGCAGUAGAGACCUACACAUAACAAAACAGAGGGAGGGGGGGAGGGAGGAAUAUGCAGUGGGUUGGUUAAUCGAGCAUGGUCUGCCUGUGUUCUGCUCUCUGACCGACCAGUGCCGUCAUCUUUCUGCAUGGCGCAGUAUUCGAUGACCGUGGGCAGCCGCAGCAAAGCCAUGGCCUCAACGUCGUCACUCGGCAGCGGCCACACCCUCCCCACAUUUCGCCUCGUGGCCUCAAAGCGCGGCCGGAACGAGAACAGCAGCCUCGCCCUUGCCUCCUCCUGUUGUCCUUGGUAAGCUUCCCUCGCCGUGUCUCGCGCCGCCACCGUGCGUGGCGAUGCUCGCUGAAAUCCCACAUCCAGCGUGCUGACCACCAUGGGCUGUGCGGACUCCCUGUCUCUUGACGAGGCCGGCACUGACGUGGGCGACUCCAUAGUGGUCCUGACGACCGUCCGUCUGGCCCGCGACGGCGAUGUAGGCGAUCGCGGCUUGGCUUCGGCGACUCUCGGCCUCUCAGGCGAUGUGCGCGGUGGCGAGACUGUCCGGUCGCUGUCGCGAGGGGAGGUGGAGCUGUCCCGACCCUGCCGCUCACGCACCCGUCGGUGCCGCUCCGCCCGCCGCAGGAGGUUUUCUUUGUCGCGGAGGUGUUUCUCGAGCUGCCGGAUGAUCUGUGACUGCAGGGGGAGGUCGAGGGGUGGCAGGGAGGGGGGCAGGUACUUGAGAAUGCGCGGCGACCGAAGAGACUCUGUAUGCAUGACAUGCAUGAGGCGACAACACACAUGACGGAUGAACAUCACCAGUCAGCCAGUGAUGGUCGUGUAUCGUCUGACUGACCAAGGACCAAUCCCUCCUCGCUUGUUGGCUGCUGGCCCUGUUGGCUGGCUGGUGCAUGCUGUACGCCAUCGGGGGCAGCCGAUGUCGCCGUGUGGCCCUUGCCGUCGGCUUCGUCAUCAUCUGGCAACAUGGAUGGCGGCGGGGCUCCUACGAUAGGCUCGGUCACCUUAGUGCGAUUGUUGGAGGAAGCCAAUUUGCUGUCCAACGUCUGAGUAUGACAGACACAUAGGUGAAGGCUGGAUGGAUGUGGGUCGUCUGUAGGUCCAUCCAUACCAGCGCGACGUCAGGAGCCAGCUGUGGUGGUGUAGGGGGUGGCCUUUCCACCACACCCAUAGAGGGGAUCUGCAGCUGACGACUUGCAGGAACUGACAGACAGACACAUACGAGAGAACGGAGGGAGGGAGGGACACAGGGCGAUGGUCCGUGCCAUACAGACAGGGCGGCUCCAGCAAGCUUAGCGUACCAUCAUGGUGUGUCGAUGUGGUGCGCUGCAUGCCCGGCACGACGAAUCGGGUACCCGUGGCGGCGUGCUGGGCAGGCAAGGACGACUGAUGGCAAAACGGACGGACAGAAGAAAACGCAUCAACCAAAAUGUCGAUAUAUGCGUGUUCUGGACGGUUGGCUUACGAGUAUGUCCUGCAGGUCCUCUUCAGGCGGCGCGGGGCAUUCCUCACCGAACACCUUCUCGCGCGUCUUGAAGUUGUACCUGCAGCCAGCCAGCCAUCCACUCACCAACCCACCCACCCACCCAUAUGUGUAUGUAUGUCAUUCAUCGGAGAGAAAGGGAGUGGCAGCCAAAGACUCCACUUACUCACUCCCUGCCUCACCCACCAGUAGGGUACGAGUCCCCCCUCAUAGAAUUUGAGCCAUGGGGAGAGGGGGUAUGAGUGCUGGAUGCUCUGGUGCCACACCUUGAGCACCGUGUCGAGGUUCUUCGCAAACAACUUGGGCGUGUACAACGUCUGAAUAUGGGCAGACACACCGGCAAGGUCAAGGCAUCGCAGGUGCCAUGCCGCUGAGCUGAGCUGAGCUGAGCUGAGCUGAGCUGAGGUGAGCUGAGGGAGACACUACCCACCCCACCCACUCGCACACACCCUCCCGGCCCACCUUCUUGACUCCGUAUUGUUUGUGGUUCUGCCGUGCGCCCUUCCGGUGGAUCUGACGACUGCACAACACAACCAAUAGUCACAAUGUGUGCCUCCCGUGCCUCUCUCUUGUUGCUUUGUCUUUCUGAUUGCCUGCCUGCAGGUCGGGCAGAGUGCGUCCCCGCAGUCCUCACAGAUGUAGGCGGACUCCUUUUCGUCGCAUUGGAAACAAUGCAUCUUCUGAACACACACAACACAAACCACAACUCACUCGUCCCCCCACAAGAAGAUAUAUGUCCCCUCAAUGAGAUGAGUGAAUGCUACUUACUGACCGAUGCGAGUAUGACGCCGUGCUGCUGCCUCUUGCCCUUCCUGUGGGUCUGCUCGAAACACGGCAGGCAAAACAGAUCGGCGCAGUCUUCACACCUGCACACACACCACACCAGACCAGACCAAUCCAAUCAACAGUCCAGCGACAGACAGACACCUUCCUGGUCCAAUUCACCCACUCACCGGACGACGGCAGCGUUUCCCUGGCACUCUGAGCAGACGAACUGCUCCAUGAACACUGCAGGAUGGUCUCGCCGACGGCCUGCAGACAGACAGACAGACAGACCCAGGCAGAUAGCGACACAGAGACACACAGGGGGAGUCAGUCUGUGUGUCUGUGUGCCUACCUACCUUGUAAGUGUGUGGCGAAGAAGCAGAAGUUGCAGAGUGUAUCGUGGCACACCGCACAGCUGAAGUCAGCCAGCGCAGACUCGCACUCCACACAUAUCAGCAGCCCUGUCGGCGAUAUCUAAAAGCCCCACAAACAAAACACCACACGCCCAUCCAUCCAUCCAUCCAUCCAUCCAUCCAUUGCCUCUCUCUGUCCACUUUGCGAGUGACGUGCAUACAUACUUUCUUGAGGAAUCCGAUUCGGUCGAGCUCUAGGUGGACGAACAGCUUCUGCGGGUCCACACAGUUGUAGAGUGUCACCGUCUCGGGAUCGUCCCUUUUCCGAAAGUAUGCCUGUUCAAUGGCCGCCUUGACGCGCGGCAGCAGGUAGGGCUCAUACAGCGGGCUCACAUCCAGCAGCGGGAGCAGGCUCUCAAUGGUGCGUGCCUGUGCAACCGCCCGAGCGCCGCCUCCCCCAUAGGAAGUAGCCCGCUCGACGGCGUCGAAUAUGAUCUCCUGCGCUCGGAACAGCCGGUUGGUCCGCCUGCGGUCCAGCUCGGCCUUCUCGAUGGCAAUGCGGUGGGCCAGCAGCCGGUAUUCUUCCAGCGUAGGGAGCGUGCUGCAGUGCAAUGAACGAACCGUGGUUUGGAGGAAAAUGGGGAAUGAGUGCACUCCACGUGUGGGUCGAUUGGUUUGUUUGUUUGUCGAUAUCUCACCUUUGUACGACGCCUGUGUGGUCGUUGACGAAUACGGCGUCCCUCUCCUGCAGCCGCAGGAGCCAGCCCUCGUUCUGCAGGGCCAGCAGACAGUCCCGGAUGAUCCACAGCAACUCGGUCUCCAUGGAAGGGUCAAUCGACAACAGCCUGCACACACACACAUAGGGGAGGCAGCCAGGCCAGACAAACACAAACACACAUUCACCGCGCCCCUAGCUGCCCUCUCCCGCCAGCAUUUUGCAUUGAACACACGGCACCCCCACCCAUCAGACUGCCUGUGUGUGCCGUGGUGCUUCCCUCACUUGGACAUGGCCUGGACCACUUCAAUGGGGAACUGGGGCUCCUCCUUCUCGUCCAGCACCGGUGGCCGGUGAUAGGAUGAGUGCGGCCGCAGCGGCAGGGGGAUGAGGUCAGGAACCUCAGGGUGCGAGUGGAACCGGGGACGGUGGCGCUCGUAAUGCAUGCCACCAGUGCCAUCCUCUGCUUGCGGGCCUCCCUGCCGCCCUGUCAGCGGACCGUCGCUGCUCGUCAU